AUGGAGACUAUUACAAAAAUCAACUAUACUAAGCUCCAAGAAUAUCUAAAAAUAAACAAGAUUAAGCAUGAAGGUAUCAACGAAGACGUGGAUGCACUAAGUGAUUUGCUCCAUGAUCAUCUGGGAAAUGCGAUAAUUCAAUGUGAAGAAAGCAAAGAAAUCAAAAAGACAAAGUAUAAGAAAUUAAAUCCAUGGGCAACAAAUGAACUAGUCAAGAUGUGUGCACUUAAACAGGAGCUGUACAGAAAAAAGAGACAAUAUCCACAAAAUGAAGUGAUAAAGGAGUACCAUAAAGAAAUCUCACGAAAGGUGAAUGACCUCAGAACAACACUUAAAAAAGAUCAUAUAAAUAGACAAAUAACUAACUGCAUCGAAAAGAAACAGAAUGUGUGGCAAGUUCUAAAAGCAACAUCAGGAACUAUGUCAACUGAGGAUAAUACCAUAUGCCAAAUUAAGGAAGAUAACGAUAUCAUAACAGAUGAGAAGACUAUAGCAAACAAAUUCAACUCUUUCUAUGUCAAUGUAGGUCCAAACCUGGCAAAUAAAUUACCAAACUCAAGCGAGCCUAAUACCAUGGAUGCAUGUGGUAGUAACAAUAUUAUGACAACGAAGACAGCAACUAGAGAAGAAGUAAUCAAUUUAAUAGCUAAGCUCUCACACAAGAACUCAUGUCCUAAUAAAAUAAGUAAUGUUCUAAUCAAAAAAGUUAGUGACAGUGUUGUUGACAUUAUGGUAAAAAUUAUAAAUAUCUCAUAUAAAGAAGGAGUCUUCCCUACAAAAUGUAAAGACACUGUAAUUAAACCGCUUUUCAAAUCUGGAGAUGCCAUGGAGGUAACAAAUUAUAGACCUAUAUCAAUUACAUCAGCAUGCGCAAGAAUUAAUGAAAUGGCCAUGAAAACAAGAUUAGAAGAAUACCUACAUAAAAUAAACUUUUUCUAUCAAGGACAGUAUGGGUUCAUAAAAAAUAAAGAUUCACAAGGGGCUAUUUUUGACCUUGUGACUACAAUACAAACUGCCAUGGAUAAAAACCGAAAAUGUGUAGCAAUUUUUAUUGAUCUUCGAAAGGCAUUUGAUACUGUCAACCAUGAGAUACUACUAAAAAAGAUGUUCAACAUAGGUAUCAAAGAAGAAAAUCUUAACUGGUUUAGAACAUACUUGUCAGAACGACCUCAACAAGUAAAGAUUGGGAAGUGGCUAAGUGACAUACUUUUUAUGAUGUGUGGAGUCCCACAGGGAUCAGUCCUUGGGCCCAUCCUGUUCUUAAUUUAUAUUAACGACAUUGGGAAACUCAAGCUGAAUGGGAAAAUCCAACUAUUUGCAGAUGAUGCCAUACGUCGACCAUUAUUAUAUCUUCAACAGCAGAAUGAUUCUGCAUCUCUUCUGCAGACUAGAGAAGCGCCUGGAGGUUAA